AUGCUCGUCGGGGCUGGUGUUAGGCACUCGAGUGCGGUUGCGCGCGCCGCCAUUUUCAAAUCAACUUUCGCCCAGCGACAGUUCUCUUCCCUUAACUCGGCAAAAAACUCACAGUUCCGGUCGAGGUUGAUUGGGCGAAAUGAUACUGCAUUGAGUGCUAUACGACUUGCCCGGAGUUCAGGGCCUCUCAAAGCCUCCUCCCGAUUCGCAUCCACCUCCGCCGGCACAUCUGCUCUCUCCGGCACCCCAAGUGACCCUGCAAGCACACCUGGAGCAGAAGAUGUUACGUCCGGGGCGGAUGCAUUUUCCGCUGCCAGUUUAUCAGACUUUGAUCUCUCGCUUAUCCCCAAAAAGAUUGGAUACCUAAAGGAGCUCGGGUUGGAUUACGGAUGGGGUCCGUCGUCGAUGGUGGAAUUUCUUCUCGAGAAUUUACAUAUCAUGGGCGGAUUGCCGUGGUGGGGAGCGUCAAUUGCGGCAGCAAUUAUCAUUCGAGCAGCCCUUUUUAAGUCCAUCUUAUCCGCCUCUGAGGUUUCGAGCAAACUUCAAGUCAUAAAACCUCUAGCAACGCCUAUUCGAGAACGUAUGCUUAAAUGUGCACGCGAGAGCGAUAACGUGGGCGCAUUGAAGGCAAAGCAAGAACUCGCUGUUCUUAAUGAACAGCAUAACGUGAAGCCAUGGAAGGCUUUUGUGCCUUUGCUCCAGGUACCAUUCGGUUUUGGGUGCUUCCGAGUCCUCCGAGGAAUGUCGGCUCUUCCUGUCCCAGGCCUGGAUAAUGAAUCCUUCCUCUGGAUACCUACCGUUACCAUGGGUGAUCCGUACUACAUCCUACCCAUAGCGACCAGUGCCAUGAUGUAUUUGGCUCUCAAGCGCGGCGGUGAUGCAGGUACAUCCAACUUGAAUAACACCCAGCUUGGUAAGGCGAUGUUAUACGGCUUCCCCGGUCUCACGUUAGCAACCAUGUCCUUCUGGCCUGGUAUUCUACAGCUCUACUUCUUCACCACCGGUUUCCUUUCCAUGUGUCAAGCCUACCUAGUGACCUCACCCGGAUUCCGCAAGUUUGCCGGCCUCGGUCCUCUCCCUAAAACUACGCUUUUCUCGUCAGGUUCAUCCGAGCCGCAACCUCCCCCAAGCCGAAUCCGUACCAUUUCUACCACAGCUACCUCUGUACCAGAACCGGAGGCACCUAUCCAACCUCAAAAAAUCAGCAUAAUAGAUCGAGCUAUGGACGGCGCAAAGUCAGCUUACCGCGACACAGUCAAGGAGGCCAAGGAGAAAAUGGACAGCAUGUCUGGUGAGAAAUCCGACGCUGACUCCGCUGGCCGCAAGCCACGACUUAGCAAGAAGGAACUCGAAAGCGCUAAGGCGUACGAGGAUCGUCGAAAGGCAGAACUUAGAGCUGAGCGGGAACUGAAGAACCAGCAACUGAGAGCUAAAUAUUUAAAGAAAUCCGAACAAAAGGAAUAA